AUGGCUACCCCCAGUGUCCUCACCUUCGACGCUGAGGGCAGAGCCAUCGACUUUGACGUGUGGGUAGACGACCUGCUGCUUUUCCUACAGUGCGAUAGAGCUGACGGCCUCUCUCUCUUUGAUCUCACUUCUGGUGCCUCUCCCGCCCCUGCUGCUACUGAGGAUGCCACUGUUUGCUCACAGUGGGCCACACGUGAUGCUGCUGCACGUCUUGCUGUGCGUCGCCACCUCCCUCCCUCUGAGCGUGCACACUUUGGGUCGUACAAGAGUGCUCAAACCUUGUACGACGCCGUUAUUGCACGCUACUCCACCCCUGCCACUGCUGCACUGAGCCGCCUCAUGCUACCGUACCUCUUUCCCGACCUUGCUUCUUUUGCCACAGUCGCCGACCUCAUUACCCACCUGCGCACUAGUGACGCUCGCUUCCGCGCUGCGCUUCCUGCUGAGUUCUGCGCCAAGAACCCCCCCCCCCCCCCAUUGGUUUUGAGUCGGUCGGUGCGGCGUCUGCCCCCAGUGGGAGACGUCGCUCUGGCAAGGGCAAGGGGGGUAGGAGCGGUGGUGGCGGCGGCGGGGGCGGUGGAGGCGGCGGUGGAGGCGGCGGAGGAGGUGGGGGUGGUAGCAGGAGUGGUGGCGGGAGUGGAGGUGUCAGCGGCGGCAGUGGAGGCGGGGGUGGCAGCGGCGGUGGUGGUGGGAGUGGAGGCGGAGGCGGCGAUGGCGGCAGCGACGGUGGGAGUGGCGGUGGCAGCGGAGGUGGUGGCGGCGGCGGCGGAGGAGGCGGUGGAGGAGGUCGUGGCUCGUCGCAGAGGAGUGGCUCCGGUGGCGGUCAGCACCAGCAGCAGCGGCAGCAGCGUGGUCAGGAGACCCUCUCCCCGCAGCAGCUCCGUGAGUGGUACGCUGCACGUUAGAGGGGUGGGGGUACUGGUCCGUGUACCUACGUCUUGCGCACUGGCGACCGUGCGGCUAUCUAGGGCAAGAGUAGCUAUCCUUGAUCUUGACUUUGAUGCUAUUCUUGCUGCCAUGUAUGCUGUGACUAUUAGUGAGGAGGGUGACUGUUACCGGUGUUUCCCGCCCGACCCGGGCAUCGGUACUGCGGCUCUAGGUGCUGUUGAGGCUGCUGCUCCAGGUGCUGGUGAGGCUGUCGCUCUAGGUGCCAGUGAGUCUGUGUCCUCAGGUGCUGGUGAGUCUGCUCUCUCUGGUACUGCGUCGGCUCCGCCCUCUCUCACCUUCACUCUUGACUCAGGGGCGUCUCGCUCCUUCUUUCGAGACCGCACCACACUCACGCCGCUUAGUCGGCUAGUGGCGGUCUCCCUGGCGGACCCCUCUGGGGGUCCUGUUCUGGCUCGCUACUCCACUGUCCUGCCGUGCCCUGCGGUCCCGUCUGGCGCCCUGUCCGGUCUCUACCUCCCCUUGUUCUCUACGAACUUGGUGGCGGGUGCUGACCUACAGGAUGCAGGGGUCGACCAGUUCACCCCUGCACACCGACGGGACACCCACUGCACGGACGCGGACACGGGUCGACACUUGACCACGUUCACACGUGGGCCGGGGUCGAGCCUGUACACACUCACUGUUCCGUCUCCUCCUCAUGCGUCUGGUCAGGUAGCUGCGUCGGGUCAGGUGUUUGCUGCAGCGUCCAGGUCUAGUCCUGAGUCUGCCCCCUGCUCGUGUCGCCUCCUGUCCCACGAGACCCUCCUGUGGCACCACAGGAUGGGUCACCCCUCCCUGCCUCGUCUCCGGGGCAUGGCCUCUCGCCUUCUUGUCUCUGGCCUUCCCCGGUCCCUCCCUCCCCUUCCUCCGGGGCCUGGCCCUCCCUGUGUCCCCUGUGUCGAGGGUCGCCUGCGGGCUACCCCUCACUCCUCCCCGUUUCCUCCGACGGAGGCCCCGAUGCAGACGCUUCACAUGGACGUGUGGGGCCCAGCCCGCGUCCGUGGACAGGGUCACGAGCGCUACUUCCUGCUGGUGGUUGACGACUACUCGCGUUACACCACAGUCUUCCCCUUGCGCAGCAAGGGUGAGGUCACUGGGGUGUUGAUCGACUGGAUCCGCGCAGCUCGUCUCCAGCUCAGGCGGAGCUUCGGCUCGGACUUUCCUGUUUUGCGGCUGCACUCGGACAGAGGCGGAGAGUUCUCCUCCGGCCUUCUGCGAGCCUACUGUCGGGCACGAGGCAUCCGCCAGGCCUUCAUGCUUCCGGACUCUCCACAGCAGAAUGGGAUUGCUGAGCGCCGCAUCGGCAUUGUCAUGGACGUCGCCCGUACGUCCAUGGUGCAUGCGGCUGCCCCCCAUUUUCUGUGGCCGUUUGCGGUUCGGUACGCCGCGCAUCAGAUCAACCUUCAGCCCAGGGUCUCCAGACCGGAGACCUCCCCAGCUCUGCUGUGGACGGGGAAGGUUGGCGAUGUGUCGGCGUUCCGUGUCUGGGGAUCUCGGGCGUUUGUCCGCGACUUGUCUGCGGACAAGCUGUCCCCUCGUGCUGCUCCUUGCGUCUUCCUGGGUUUCCCCCCUGACGCACCUGGGUGGCAGUUUUACCACCCCACCUCUCGUCGUGUUCUGUCCUCCCAGGACGUCACGUUCGACGAGUCGGUUCCCUUCUACCGGCUCUUCCCCUACCGCACUCCGUCCCUUCCCCCCCCGCCCCUCUUCCUGGUCCCAGGUCCCCCCCCGGUAGACCCCCUCCCCCCUCAGGGUCCUGCCCCUUCAGGUGUGUCUCAAGUAGACGCGGUCAAGCCUGUCGAGGUCACUGGUGACUCUGGUGCUGCUGCGGGUGCUGAGCCUGGGGGUGCUGAGACUGGGGGCGCUGAGCCUGGGGGUGCUGAGACUGGGGGUGCUGAGCCUGGGGGUGCUAAGCCUGGGGGUACUGAGCCUGGGGGUGCUGAGACUGGGGGUGCAGAGCCUGGGGGUGCUGAGCCUGGGGGUGCUGUGCCUGGGAGUGCUGAGCCUGGAGGUACUGCGUCUGGGAGUGCUGCGCCUGCUGCUUCUGUUCCUGGUGGUUCUCCAGACCGUUCCUCGCGCCGCGAGCCGUUCUCUCCUCUGGAGCUGCGUGAGUGGUUUGCCCGGCGCUGGAGGCGAGCUGCUGGAGGUGGGGUUACUGCGGAUGCUGGAGGUUCCGUUGCUGCCGAGGGAGCUGGUACCACGGGUCCCGGAGGUGCUCGUACUGAGGGUACUUGGGCUGCCGGGCCCAGGGGUGCCUCUGGAGCUGGAGCUGCUGCGGGUGCUGGCGCUGAGGCUACGACUGUCGGUCCUACUGCGGGUACUUCUGCAGCUGCUGGUGGUGCUGGACUUGGAACUGCUACUGGUGCUGGUGCUGCCUCUGGAGGUGUUGGUGCUGUCCCUGCUCUCUCUGGCGGUGCUGCGCGGCCUCGGCCGUACUUCUCACAGUUACAGCCCGCCUCUCCCCUGCCUUCUUCUUCUCCCUACGCUGGUCCUACUGGAGGUCUUGCUGAGCGUCGUGAGCCUGCGUCCCGCCCUGCGUCGCCAGUCCGAGCUGCUCGCCCUAGUGGUCGCGGUUCGCGUCAGCGUCCUCCUCCUGUCCCUGGCACGCACCAGAUGUCUCUGCGUCCGUCCACUGCUCCUCUGCGUGCCCCUUUGCCUUCUCCUCCUUGGUCUUCUCUUCCUAUACUUGCCGACCCGGAGUCGGACUCUCACCGUGCUGCCAGUCCUACUGUCACGCGUCUUCUUGCUUCUCUUGUCACUGACCCUUCCUUUGAGUCCGCUGUUGCGUCUGCCCUAGUUGCUGAGCUGGUCGACUUUGCUGCUGCGUGUCGUCUGGACUACGCUGCCAGUCUUGUUGCUGAGUCUGCUAAGUCUGCUGAGUCUGCGUCUGCUGCGUCUGCGUCUGCCUGUCCUCCGUCCGUCGGGGGUGACUGUGCUCUUGGCACGGACGUCCUUGAGGACAGGCAGGAGGAGUUCCAGUGCUUUGCCGCCGCUUUGCCCCAUCUCGUGCCCAUGCUUGUUGCCCCUGAGGGAGACCCGGAUGCUCUAGACAUCCCGACUCCACGCUCUUACGCAGAGGCGAUGGCCGGUCCCUACUCCUCUCAGUGGCAGUCAGCCAUGGACGCAGAGAUGGCUUCCUGGAAGUCCACAGGCACCUACGUUGACGCUGUUCCCCCUCCUGGGGCGAACAUUGUCAGUGGCAUGUGGAUCUUCAGGGUGAAGCGGCCGCCGUGUUCUCCGCCUGUCUUCAAGGCGCGCUACGUGGCUCGUGGCUUCAGUCAGCGACAGGGAGUUGACUUCUUUCAGACCUUCUCCCCGACCCCGAAGAUGACCACUCUUCGGGUUCUACUUCAUGUCGCUGCUCAGUGUGACUACGAGCUACACUCUGUUGACUUCAGCACUGCUUUCCUGCAGGGCCGCCUGCACGAGGAGAUCUGGCUGCGCCGCCCUCCUGGCUUCACUGGGUCGUUCCCUCCUGGUACCCAGUGGAGCCUCCGGCGGCCAGUCUACGGUCUCCGCCAGGCGCCGCGUGAGUGGCACGACACACUGAGGACUACACUUGCGGCUCUUGGGUUUGCUCCUUCUACUGCUGACCCGUCGCUGUUUCUGCGCACCGACACCUCGCUGCCGCCUUUCUACAUCCUCGUGUACGUCGACGACUUGGUCUUUGCCACUGCGGACACUGCCGCACUCGCCCACGUGAAGUCCGAGCUGCAGAAGAGACACACGUGCACAGACCUGGGUGAACUGACAAGCUAUCUUGGCUUGCGGAUCACCCGGGACAGAGCACGCCGCACCAUUACCCUGACUCAGUCACACAUGGUGCAGCAGGUCCUUCAGCGCUUUGGCUUCACGUACUCCUCGCCUCAGUCCACUCCUCUGCCUACGGGACACUCGCUUUCAGCUCUGCCUUCGGAUGAGUCCGUAGAGUCGAGUGGUCCGUAUCCAGAGCUUGUGGGCUGCCUCAUGUACCUGAUGACUUGCACUCGACCUGACCUCGCAUACCCUCUCAGCAUCUUAGCACGCUCUGUUGCUCCCGGCCGUCACCGGAAGGAGCACAUGGAUGCAGCUAAGAGGGUGUUGCGCUACUUGUGCAUUACGUCGGGCAUGGGGCUAGUGCUUGGAGGGCGUGAGCGGCCUGUGCUCACUGGGCACUCAGACGCUUCUUGGGCUGACGACCAGGCUACUCAGAGGUCGUCUCAGGGUUACACCUUCAGUCUUGGCUCUGGCUCUGUCUCUUGGCGCUCUACUCGCUCUUCUUCGGUUCUCAGCUCCAGCUGUGAGGCUGAGAUCUACGCCACGGCCAUGGCUGCCCAGGAGCUUCGCUGGCUCACCUACCUGCUGACUGACCUUGGAGAGCGGCCUCGUUCUCCUCCAGUGCUGUACGUCGACAACAAGGCAACCAUUGCCUUGUGUGAGGAGCACAGACUGGAGCACAGGACGAAGCACAUUGCUUUGCGCUACUUCCUUGCUCGAGAGCUGCAGCAGCGUGGUCAGCUUUGCCUGCGUUUCGUGGCCACUGAGGCCAACACUGCUGAUGUGUUCACCAAGGCACUUCCGCCUCGUGACCAUCAGCGCUUUUGCACUCUGCUAGGCCUUGUGCCCACUGGGCCUCACUUGCUUACCUCUUGA